UAAUGAAACAGAAUGAGAUCUCUUCAGAAAAAAAAAAGAAAAAAAGUGGCUUGUGGAAACCAGACUUUGUGGCCCCUGCUCAUGUUUUGCCGCUUUUUACUUGUUUCCUCGAGACUCAAUGACGAAUGCAUCGCGACAGAAGAGCUACCGGCACCAUCGAGGAUCUGCACACCGUAAAAUCGACUCUGAACACUCGCCCAAGAGACAACCGGGCCUCAGACAGCAAGCAAGAGAGGCAAGUGGUUGUUCUCAGCUCUUAGCUGCUGACAUAGCAGCAUUGAGGGAGGAUUUGAGCCGAAUACAGGGACACGUUAAAGAGCUGGGGACAGACAAGUCCAAGGAUACAGAAGACAUUCAUGAAUUAUCAAAGGUUGCUUUAACAAAAAUUGCUUCAGCAUGCUAUACAUUAUCAGCUGAGUCAAUACAGGAUGUUGACUUGAUGUCGAAAGUCGUAUUUUCUUUAUUCAGUCGGGAUCUUAUUAAGGUUCCCGUAUCUAGUAGCCCACAGCAGGACACCAUAGAAUUAUUAUGUCAGUUCUUCAUAUCCGCAUACAAAUACGAACAAUCAAAAGAAAAUGUGGAUGCAGAUAGCAACUUGAGUGGUACUGGCACGAUUACCUCCCCUUCGCCUGUAGACGACCCUGACCGCGUUAAGGUGGAUAUUCUUCGUGCAUUAAGCGCAGUAUUAUUCGAAAAUGGGUUCCGCCUAAAGAAUUCUCUUGAGGAUCUAUUGGAAAUCAUUGUGGCAGUCGGCAAGGACACAAGGCGACAGGAACAAUCAGAAUUGCGCCGGAUGGCACUGAAUUGCAUGGCAAAUCUUGUCUGCAAAACUGGUCAUCUCCUCUCAACCUAUCAUGAACAGAUGUAUGAAUUGCUUUUAGCCAACCUUACCAUCACGUCCCAAUUCGAUCCUAGCUCAGCUUCGGGGGUCUCUAGCACAUCGCGCCGUAGAGACCGCGGAUCGGAUCGAAAGCUUAUUAGCUCCGCACUCCGAGCACUGCAUUUUUUAUUGCAGGAGGACAAACGCAUGUCCACACGAUCCUUAGCACCAUUCAUAAAUAUUGUCUGCCGAUUCAUGUUUUAUACUUCUGAAAACCUGACAAUGCAGUCAACUUCCGUGUCGUCAUCCACCAGCGUAUUCAACGCCGGGGUCAUCCAGCGCUCCGUAUAUUCCUCCCCAUCAACAAACAUGGUAUCCUUGGUGAAAUCAGCAGGAGUUGGGUCCUCCAAUAUCUCACCAUCGCAACAACACUCACUGGAUAUUUCAGAGCCAUCAUCGUUCAUAUCUUAUCGUAACAUGCAGUCCUCUGAUUCGGAAUACUCUGAUUCAGAAUUAGGAGCUCAUCUCUCACAUCGGAGGCAACACGAUGGGAAAGUGAGGCUGAACGCAUUACUCUGCUUACAAGCUCUGGCAAGAGGUGCUCCCAAGCAGCUACAGCCACACUGGCCCAAAUUCUUAACGAGCUCGAACGCAGCACCAAUGAUGGCAGGCACACAUAAAGCACCUUCGCUCAUUGGAUUAAUUUCGACUGACCCAAUCUUUAAUGUACGCUCUGCGGCUUGUGCUGUCCUUGGUAGCAUUCUCGAGAAUUCAAAGCAGUAUCUAGCUAUGGCUGAGGAAGAAAGAAACACGGCAGGCCUGUCUGGCUUGGCCAUUAGGAACCAGACGGGUUUAUUGGCGCUAUCGGAAAGAAUAGGCAUUAUGGUUCGAGAGCUACAUAUCGGUAUCGCUACGGCUAUGAAUGCGUUAGACAAACUCGUCGUUGAACAUGGGGUUAUAAUUCCGAUGAUUAAAUGCUGUUCAUCAAUCGUGGCCAACUGCUCGUAUGAGAAAAUGAGGCCAGGGCUUGCACUCUUAGUAUGGCGUUCUAUUGAGAGAUUCAUGGACUCAAAUGACUGCGACGCUUUCUUUCCUCUCGGCUCUGUUGAGCAAUUCGUCUGCAACAGUAGACACACGGCAGCAUAUUCUGUCAUUCUCAACAGCAUCACUCAAUGCCAGUGCCAAUAUCAAUGUUAUUCCGGAGCUACUCUCAAAACUUUUAUGCUUGGUUGAGAGUCCGAGGACAUGUGUGGCGGUUUGCCUGGA